AUGGCAGUUCAUCUGAUAAGUCCUCGGACGAAGAAACGAUCGUCGUCUCUGAAAAAACCCCACCGGAGGCUGCUGGAAAACACUGAACUGGAGGAUAUGCGGCCCAGAACAACGUCGCUGCCCACUCGGAACGAGAUUAACAGGCCGGGUCGGAAGUACCUGACCCCUAUAUCUGAUCAGGAAUACAGCGUGCACCCCUUGAGGUCCUUCAUCACCACACCUAAAGGCCUUAUCAACAGAGGCGACUCCAUGAGAUCCAGAAGUAACAGCAGCGUGGUCUCCUCCUGCAGCGGCAGCACCAGCGAACUGGCGCCACAGUCACGGUCAAGGACGUCCAGUUCUGUCUCCAACGGAAGUAUCUGCAUCCAAAGCCCAGUGAUGCCAGGGUCUCCACUGCACGGCCCCCCUCCGCUCUGCGGCGGGGAACCUCACUACAGAGUCACCGUCCUCGGGUGUGGAGGCGUCGGGAGGAGGUCGCUGACCCAACAGUUCACCACAUCCCAGUAUCUGGGAGGCUUAGACUCGCCUUUCUCUGAAGGUUGUGAUCGGGAGCUUCAUGUCUCCGUGUUGCUGGACGGUUCUGAGACUGCCUUAGAGUUCAUUGUUCCUCAGGAAAACUUGGACCUUCACUCCGUGCCCACCUCUGACGCCAUUGUCCUUGUGUUCACCAUAGAUGACAGAUCAACAUUUGAGCGAACUACAGAUCUACUUUACGAACUCCGUAAAAUUGACGGAUGGGCGGGGCCUGUGAUACUAGUGGCCAAUAAGUGUGACUUAGUCCGGACUAGGGAGGUCUCUACCGAAGAAGCCAAGAGCGUGGCUACAACCUAUGACUGCAAAUACAUAGAAACCUCGGUCGUGCUGAACCACAACGUGGACGAGCUCUUGGCAGGGAUCGUAUCCCAGAUCCGACUCGCCGACACGACCCCUAAAAGGGGUCCUGAACCAGGCUGCUACUCUCGGAGUAAAAACCUCCUACAUAAGAUCUUCAGAAAAGACCACCUGUCGAAAUCGUGUGAAAAUCUGUAUGUGCUGUAA